AUGUUUAAAAAUAAUAAUAUAAAAUAUUUAUUAAAUAUAAAUAUAAAUUUAAACUUAUUAAAUAGGUUUAAUAUAACCAAUUAUUCAACUAGUAUAAAUAAAAAAAAAGGGGCAUUAUUAAAAUUAAAAGAAAGAGGAGAAAAAAAUAAAAAAAUAAAAGAGCAAUACGAUUUUAAAUCAUCAUAUAUUAAAUUCUCAAGUGAAGAUUUAUUAAAAAAGAAAAGAGAAAGAGAAGGAAAGAAAUCAUUUAAAGAAUUAUUAGAAGAAAAUUAUGAGGAGAUGAGUGAAUUAAUUAUAGAUCAAAGACCCACAAUUGAAUCUAUGGAAAAUAAAACACCAAAAAAAAUAAACAAUAAUAAUGCAAGUCCACUUGACUUUUCAAAACCAAUAUUUACUGAUGAAAAUUCACCACCAGAGGAUCUAUUUUUAGAGGAGCAAAUUAAAAGGUUAAUGGUAGAGCAAGGUAAAACUAAUAUAUCGGAUGUCAAAAUCCCAACAUCAUUAAUCGAACAAUCUUAUGGUAUCAAAAGAGAAAUUAGUGAAAGCGAGAUUAGAUUUGCAAAUUCAUUUUUCAGUAAGGGUGCAUCGUUGGACUCGAUGGCAAUUAAGGGUGUCGAUUUCCCAAAGAAAUCAUAUCCACAGGUUGCAUUCCUUGGUAAAUCAAAUGCAGGUAAAUCUUCAUUAUUAAAUGCAAUUCUAAAUCGUGAUAUGGCUUAUGUUUCAAAAAAACCAGGUUGUACAAAAUCAAUUAAUUUCUAUCAGCUUUGGGAAAAAAUUUAUCUUGUCGAUUUACCAGGUUAUGGUUUUGCAAAAGUUUCAAAAAAGAAAUCAUCGGUAUGGGGUGAAGCAAUUUCAGAAUAUUUAUUAACAACACCAAAUUUAUUUAAAAUAUUUUUAUUAAUAGAUUCAAGAAUUGGUAUUCAUAAAAAUGAUAUUGAGGCAAUUGAAUUAAUUGAUCAACAUAAAGUAUCAUUUCAAAUUGUAUUAACUAAAAUAGAUAAAACCAAACCAUCAAUUUUAAAAGGUAUCUAUAAUCAACUAAAAGAUAUUAUCAACGAAACAUCAUGCUGUUUACCCACCAUUAUCCAAACCAGUGCUCUCGAAAGCAGUGGUCUCAAUGAAAUUAGAUCUGUUAUUUUAAAUGUUACUGGUAUGGAUAAAGAAAACUUUAUUAAAAGAAAGCAAGACCCUGUUAUUCAAAACCCUCCAAAAAUUCAAACAAAUAAUAAUAUAAAUAAUAAAAAUAAUAAUAAUAAUAGCAACACAAAUAAUAAGAGUAAUAAUAUAAAUAGAAAACAACACGAAAAUAGAGAAAGCUAUAGAGAUAAUAAAAAAAAUAAAAAUAAUAAAAAAUAA